AUGGCAACUUUUUUUGGUUCUCCACUCUUUGUGUCCAUUCCUGUAGCAAGGACUCAGAGUUUAUCUCUACCACCACAACUGCCGUCCCUCAGUAACAGUUCGCCAGAGCCGCCACCACCACCACCACCACUGCCGCCAGUGCAACGUGGUGGUAGGGGGACAAGUGCUGAUUCGACCGAUUGGAUAGCUUCGGGGCUGACGAGAAGGUUUGGUCUUGGUGCGGGGUUGGCUUGGGCUGGUUUUCUAGCAUUUGGUGUUGCUUCUGAGCAAAUUAAGACACGAUAUGAAGUUAAUCAACAAGAAGCGAAUACAAGAGAUGUUGAGAAAGAAGUGGAGGUGGUUUUACCUAAUGGCAUAAGGUAUUAUGAGCUAAGAGUGGGGGGUGGUGCUACACCAAGGAAAGGGGAUUUAGUGGUGGUAGAUCUCAAGGGAAGUGUCCAAGGAGAUGGAGUAUUUGUUGAUACUUUUGGUAAGGACAAGAAACCAUUGGCUCUUGUGGUUGGAUCAAGGCCUUAUAGCAAGGGAAUGUGUGAAGGUGUUGAGAUGGUUUUAAGAACCAUGAAAAAUGGUGGCAAAAGACGAGUUAUAGUUCCUUCGGCUCUUGGUUUUGGAGAAGAGGGCGCGGAUUUUGGUUCUGGUUUUAAGAUUCUUCCUAAUUCAACACUUGAGUACAUCGUUGAGGUUGAAAAGGUUUCAAUUGCACCAUCAUGAUUCUUCAUGUUCUUAUGCCCAUAUAGGAGGUGUGUUCUUUUUUUUUCGGAGUAACAAAUAUUAACCGAUACAUGUGUUUUUCCUUCGUGUAAAUGGGACUUCAAGAAAUUUACGGAAAAAUAAACAUAUAAAAGAGACGACCGUUUAAGUUGAACCACACUAUGCUAUGUCAUAUUGGUAUCAUGAGGGACAUACAACAACUAUAUAAGAGUUAAAUGCCCAAAGAAACUAAUCCAUAUUGGAAAUUAACUCCCAUAUUCGACCAUUUAUGCAGUUAUACUAUCUUGGAACCAAUCUAUGUGUACCAUAACUAGUUAUGUAAGGAAAGCAAAGGGACAUCUUCAAAUACCCAAAAGAAUUCUCAUACAAAAAGCUUAAAUUGGCAACCAAUGCACAAAAAAACUGAUUUUUUUAAUGUAAAUCCACAUAUAGGGAAAACGACGGAAUGAAAUAUACAAUCGAAAUUUAAAAGAACAAGAAAUCUUGCCCUUCCCCUGCUUUGUCGCAACCCACCACC